CUUCCACUUGUCGACCCCUUCCACUCGCUUCCUACCGCAUUAUUGACUUUCUACCCAUCUUCGCCAUCUGCUUCCUCCAGCGACCACCGCUGAAGAACACUGCUUCCGCCGGAUCUGAUGGAGGCGGUAGAGGACACCUACGUGGAGGCCGCGAUCCUAUGGCUGGCGCAAACCAUCCUGGCGAGCCUCCUUGCUGGCAAGCUGGAGGCGUGGCUUCGCCAAGUUGGGCUCGCCGACGACACCGAGAAGCUCAGGUAUGAGAUCGAGAGGGUCGAGACGGUUGUUUCUGCUGGGAAGGGGAGGCUGACCGGGAACAAGCCGCUGGCCCGAUCCCUCGGCCGUCUCAAGGAGCUGAUGUAUGAUGCUGACGACGUGGUCGACGAGCUCGACUACUACAGGCUCAAACACCAGGUCGAAGGAGAUCCGACUGCUUGUGCUACUGAGCCCGAAAGCACGGACGGACAUGGAGCAGAGCAAGCAGAUGGAUCGAGGUAUAAUCCGGACACGAUGAGUAGCAGCGGUGUCAAAAAACGAUCCAAGGCGUGGGGAGAGUUUCGUGUUACAGAAGACGCUGACGGAAAGCCGGUGAAAGCCGAGUGUAUCCACUGCCACACAGUGGUUAGAUGCGAGACUAGUAAAGGGACCUCAGUCCUGCACAAUCAUCUCAAGAGUGACAGUUGCAAGAGAAAACGUGCAGCGAUCGAACAAACGCCGAACCCAAGUGCCGGUGAUGGUGCACAAAAUGGGGCCACUGUUUCGAUUCAUGAUUCAGACAGCAGAAAAAGAAAGAGAAUUGAUGAGGCGUCAGCACACAACACGGCAGCUAACAAAAACCCCUGGAACAAGGCCGAAUUCUGCAAUAGAAUCGAACAAACGACCAAUCAGUUAAAAGAGGCUAUCAGUGAGGUUCAGAAGCUAUAUGGAUCAGACUCCGUUGCAAGUACGAAUGUCUGUAAGAACACAGCUGCAGAUCCGCGCCGAAGAACAUCAAGUCUUGUUCAACGCAAAAUGUAUGGGAGACUUGCUGAGAAGGACUCCAUCAUGAAGCUGAUGACAGAAGACAAAUCUGAAAGUGUACUUGUUUUGCCUAUUGUAGGCAUUGGAGGAAUCGGGAAGACAGCUCUUGCUCAACACAUAUACAAUGACCCAACUGUGAAAAGCCAGUUUGACCACAGGAUAUGGGCUUGGGUGUCUAACAAUGUAGAUGAAGUGAGACUCACAAGGGAGAUGUUAGACUUUGUUUCUAAAGAAAAGCAUGAAGGAAUAAGCAGCUUGGCCAAACUUCAGGAGAUCUUGGAGAGUCAUGUCACAUCAAAUAGGUUUCUACUUAUUUUGGAUGAUGUCUGGGGCAACAUGGAUGAGCACACAUGGAACAAACUGUUGGCUCCUUUGAAGUCUGACAAUGCGAAGGGCAAUGUUAUUAUUGUGACCACUAGACAAUUGUCUAUUGCAAAAAGGAUAUGCACAGUUGAACCGAUUAAGUUAGGUGGUUUGCAGGAUGAUGAUUUCUGGUUAUUAAUUAGAGCAUGUGCAUUUGGUGAUGACAAAUAUGAAGGACAUCCAAGUCUAAACAUCAUCCGUCGGCAAAUAGCAGAGAAGUUACAGGGUAACCCAUUAGCAGCAGAAACUGCAGGGAUGCUAUUAAGAGAGCAUCUUACCAUUGACCAUUGGAGUAACAUUCUAAAAAAUGAAAAUUGGAAAUCCCUAAAACUCAAUGGAGGCAUCAUGCCUGCUUUGAAGCUUAGCUAUGAUUACCUACCUGACCACUUACAACAUUGCUUCAGGUAUUGUUGUCUGUUCCCCAAGGAUCAUCACUUUUGUGGAGCGGAGUUAGUCCGAAUUUGGAUUUCACAAGGAUUUGUGGAUAGUGGCAAUACCAGUAAAAGUUUAGAGGACACAGGGAAUAGCUAUUUGGCUGAUUUGAUGGACUCGAGCUUGUUUGAGCAAGUCAAAUGUAAGCGGUAUUCUCAGGAAUGCUUUGUCAUGCAUGGUCUUAUGCAUGAUUUAGCUUGGAAGGUUUCAAGAGCUGAAUUUGGGACUAUAGAUGGCUGGGACAGUGAAGAAAUCUUACCAACUGUGCGCCAUCUAUCAAUAGUUACUGAUUCUGCAUGUAUUAAUAAAAAACUGCGGCGAAUUAAAUCUAUGAGACAGCUGAGGUCCUUGUUGUUGAUAGUUGACCAUUAUGACCCCUCUUUUCUUGAGGAAUUCCAGAAUAUGUUCAAAGAGGCUGGAAAUUUACGUUUGCUGCAAAUCUCUGCAACUAACGCUGAAUUUGUUUCCUUCCUGCGCAGUUUGGUAAAUUGUUCCCAUCUUCGCUACCUAAAACUUAAGAACGAAUUUAUUGGUGAAGAUAUUUUGCCUAUAUCUCUGAGCAAGUUUUACAAUCUUGAAGUAUUAGAUGCCGGACACCCAACUAUAGUUCAUGGUAUGAAUGAUCUUGUCAGCACGAGGUAUCUUGUAGUGACAAAGGGAGCACGCUCUUCUGUUACUAGUGUUGGUGAAAUGAACAAUCAUCAAGAUGUGCCUAAUUUCACGGAUCAAAAUUCCAGCUGCUCUGAAAUAACACAACUUCAAUCCAUGAACAAGCUUGUACAACUUGAUGUGUUUCAACUCGAAAAUGUCAGUAGUGCCGAGGCUUAUGGGGCUAAACUGAGAGAUAAACAACACUUGAAAAAGGUGCACUUUUCUUGGAAGGUUACUUUGUCACAUGAUGGAUAUGCUAGUGACACAAGCUUUGAACCUUCUGGGGACACAGAAUCAGAAGAGGAGAACCUUGCAAUGUAUGAUGCUGGUCCAGAUUCUGAACCUUUUAUAGACAUAGAAACAGAAGAGAACAGCUGGCCAAUGGAUGAUAUUAACAACGACCAAAGUUCUGAACAUUUUGUAGACACAGCAAGAGAGGUGCUUGAGGGUCUUGAACCACAUCACAACCUAAAGCAUCUUCAAAUUUCUGGGUACAGUGGUGCUACCUCCCCUGCUUGGCUAGCCACUUCAGUUAGGUGUUUGCAAACGCUUCAUCUAGAGGAUUGUGGAGAGUGGGAAAAACUCCCAUCUCUAGGGAGGCUUUCGUUUCUUACAAAGUUGAAGUUAAGGAAAAUGCAGAAAGUUAUAGAAGUAUCGAUUCCUUCGUUGGAGGAGCUUGUGCUGAUUGAAAUGCCAAAGUUGGAGAGAUGUUCAUGCAAUUCCGUGAGGGAUUUGAACUCUAGUUUAAGGGUACUGAAUAUCCAGAGAUGCCACUUACUGAAGGCCUUUCCUCUCUUCGAGAGCUGCGAGAAACACAAAAUCGAGAAGAAGUCAUUGUUGUCCUGUCUUAGCGAGCUUACCAUCCAUGAUUGUCCUUAUUUAACGGUAGCAUAUCCUCUGCCACCUUCAAAUGCUAUUGUUCAAUUAUCCAUUCGCGGAGUUCCAAAGCUUCCGAAAAUGGAAGGAUCAUCAAGGGAAACAUUAAUAAUUGGUUCUCUGGAUAAACUGGAUCACAAUGUUUUGGCAUUCCAUAACUUGGCGUUCCUAUCUCACUUGAUACUAGAAGGAUGCCGAAAUCUAUCAUUUACUAUAUCCGAGGGUUUCAGGCAAUUCAUCAACUUAAAGCGGUUGGCAAUAUACCGCAGAAAAAUGUUCAAUUCACAUGAUUUUCCAGAGGAUACCGAUGAAGACAUGGCUUUCACUGUCCCUCCAUCUCUCAAGCAUCUUACGAUCGUUGGUUGUAAAAUAAAGUGGAGCUGGCUAUCUUGGAUGCUUCAACAGGUACAGGCCCUUGAGGAAUUACAUUUAGCGUUCUGUCACCUGAGAGGGCUAUUGUUGGAAAAGGAAGAAAGUAGCCUACCAAAUCUGAUCUCAUCUCCGGAGGCUUCAUCAUCAGGAAAUCCAUAUGAUGCAUCGACAAGCUCAGCUUCAAAUGGACUCUUGUGCGUUCCAUCAAAUAUCAUCUCCUCUCUCAAGAAUAUGACUAUUUCCAAUUGCGGUGAUCCAACAUUUUACGGGAGCAAGGAUGGCUUCGUUAGAUUCACCUCCCUUGAGGAGCUAUCAAUUUGGGGCUGCCCCAAGCUUAUCUCGUCAUUGGUCUGUAAAGCCGAAAACAACGACCACGCAAGCGAAAGAUGGCUUCUCCCGGAUUCACUUUGUAAACUUGCGAUAUUACUUGGGAUCAUCCAUUCCCUGGAAAUCCCUCAUUCCCCCGAAACGCUGCAGCUCUGCUUUCCAGGGAAUAUGACUCGCCUCAAAAAAUUAACAGUAUGCAACAGCCCAAGAUUGAAAUGUCUACAGCUGGAUUCCUGCACAGCACUGGAGGAAUUGGAUAUUAGUCGUUGUAAUUCGCUCACCGCGCUAGAGGGCUUGGAUUUCUGCACAGCACUGGAAAAGAUGAAGAUUGAAAGUUGUGAAUCGCUCACCGCGGUAGAGGGCUUGCAAUCCCUCGGCGGUCUCAGGUCUUUGGCAUUAUUCCGCUGCCCUGGUUUACCUCCGUGUUUGGAGCAUCUGUCAAGGCAGGGCUAUGAGCUGUGCCCUCGACUGGAAACGCUUCAGAUCGAUGACUACUCUUUCCUUACCAAGUCAUUCUGCAAGCAACUCACCUCCCUCCAACUAACAGCUGUGACAAGCGAAGUGACGAAACUAACAGAUGAGCAAGAGAGAGCGCUUCAGCUCCUCGCGUCCCUGCAAGAGCUCCAAUUUCAUUGUUGCUACAAACUCGCAGAUCUUCCCGCGGGUCUGCACAGCCUUGCCUCCCUCAAGAGGUUGAAGAUCGUAAAUGGCCGGAAGAUCGCAAGACUGCCACAAAUGGGCCUCCCACCUACGCUGGAAGAGUUGGAUGUUAACUGGUGCAGCGAUGAGCUAUCUGAGCAAUGCAGGAUGCUAGCAAGCAAGCUAAAGGUCAAAAUUGACGGGAAAUAUGUGCAUUGAUUACUGGGUGAAUUGCUGAGCACACGUUUCUACUAGCACAUCAGAUUUCACUGUAUUGCCUUCCGAGGUGUUGCAUACCCUCCGAGUCAUGCUAAAUUAAGCAGUCUCUUUGCAGUCUUUUUUUUAUUCCUCUAC